GAACGCGUCCCGAGCACACCGCUAGCAGACGCGUAGUGCGAAUCUCCGAUAGUUCGCGCGCGUUUGUGAUUGAUUUCACGCCUUUUCGAAGAGUGUCGGCACGCCGUUAAGGCGUCGCGACGCUUCGGGAAGCCCGAAAAUUUGUUCCUUUUUGGGCGGCGACGUUUCAAUUGGCGCGAAACAGUGAGGCGGCCCGUAUUGCUGCGAGUUUGGGCUAGGCCUACGCAUAGGCCUAGCGCCCAAACGACAGCUCUCCUACAGUCGCCGGGGUCCCGCUAAGUAAAAGAGAGAAAAGAAAAACAGGAAAAGGGUGCAGUGGUGGUGUUUUUUUUUGCGGUGGCGGUGGGCGAUGGCCACGCUCAGCCAAGGGAACAACAACUUCACCUUUCACCAGUUCUCGGCGUCAACGAAAGACGUGGUCAACAAGUCCAGCGAGCCGACGGAUUGUGCCAAAGAUCCAUCGACGCCUUCGCAGCAACAACAGCUCGAGUCGGCGGGACAGCAGCAGCAGGAUGUGGUGGUCGCUAGCUCGGAGGUGAUGGAGCAACCUGCCGCCGCCGGCGGCACCGAGGCUGACGCGAGCCCCGUGAUCGACAUUGUGAUAAACAACGUGGUUUGCAGUUUCAGCGUGCGCUGCCAUCUCAACCUGCGUCAGAUCGCUCUGACGGCCUCCAACGUUGAGUAUCGACGCGAGAACGGCAUGCUCACGAUGAAGAUUAGGACACCUUACACGACGGCCAGCAUGUGGUCCUCGGGGAAGGUCACCUGUACUGGUGCCACCAGCGAGGAAACUGCCAAGCUGGCCGCACGGCGCUACGCGCGCAUCCUCCAGAAGCUGGGCUUCCGGGUCAAGUUCAUGAACUACCGGGUGGUGAAUGUGCUAGGCACCUGCACCAUGCCAUUCGCCAUCAAACUCAUUCCAUUCUCCCAAAGCAACCGGCCCAUUGCCAGCUAUGAGCCAGAGUUGCAUCCAGGAGUCACGUACAAGAUCAAAGAUCUGAAGGCCACCUUGAAAAUAUUCUCGACGGGUAGCAUCACAGUCACAGCACCCAGUGUGGCCAACGUCCAGAGCGCCAUCGAACAGAUUUUCCCGCUUGUCUACGAGUACCGGAAAGAGCGGGGGCCCGAAGACGUGGCUCGCAUGGCGCUGCGCGCCCAGCGCAACGCCAACAAUCGUCCGCAGCAGCGGAACCACCACCACCAGCACGCGAAUGCCGUAGCGGCCGACGACGAGGAGUACGACUCCUUCGAAGACGAGGAAGACCUGGACGAGGAGGAAUUGAUGGACUACCCCGAUUCCGACGAGAGUUGGGACUAGGCAAGGACAAGGCUCGGGUGUUUUGUUGUUUUUGAUUUUUUUUCCCUCCCCUCUGUAGUAGGUUUCCUCUAUGGCGCCGCCACCCCAUUGACGUCUAACUGACGUUUCUUGCCCCGGAACUGCCGAUGUUGUGGAGCAAGUUGGCGCUCCGCAGCUUGCUACGCGUCCACGACCUCCUCCAGCGUGCGUGGCUUGUCUCGUGCGUGGCAGCUCUCUAGUCGUCACAAAUCACAUGUGGGAUGUGGUGGUGUGCCGCAAUAUGUUUCUCUGGACUUCUUGGGAUAGGAGCUUUAAAAAAGGGGAAGAGUUGGCAGAAGUGUCUCGGGUGGUGGAUGGCGCUUUGUUGUCCCUCCAUAUCAGUGCAGGAAAUGUGUGCUCCAAGCUGCCUUUUCCAGUUUUUCUUUAUCUUUCUUUUUUUGUGUUGAAACCUGAAGGUGACCCUAUUGCCCGUCCUCGUCCGGCGCUUCCUACCUCGACGUCGCAGGAAGCAUCAGACGAGCGUGAUUCCGCAUUUCGUUGAUGGGCUCGUUUCCGUCACGUACAGCAAAUCUGCCGUCCCUAUUUCCUGAUCUGGACUGUUCGUGUGUGUUACCCAGCCGUCGUGACUCCUCGUAUUCGAGCCUGUGUUUUCCCACUAUAUUCCCGCGCUCUGACAACCCCACGUUUUUUGUUUCUCUCUCUCUCUCUCUCUCUCUCUCUCUCACACAUUUCUAGUGGUCAAGGCGUUGGGAAGAUUACAGGAGUGUUUUGUCAAAGGGUUGUUUGGAGAUGGACAAAGCCCCAACUGAAACUCAACGAAUCGAGGGCUCACAUUUGUCGCUAGCGUCGGAACAAAGCUUCCCGGAACAAGCGCCCAUACUGUGCAGCUGUCUCUUUCCCGCCCCCUCCUUCACCCCCUCUGCUUUCACAGAGAAGUCGGUGGUUCCCCGAAACGCCCGAACCAAAGUCAUUGUCGUGCCCAAGCACGCUUACAGGCCGAAUGCACGGCAUCGGGUCUUAAAAACGCCACGACGAUUGGUUCACUCCGUCGUUGGGUUGCAGGUAGAGCAAUAAGCCAUUGCGGCAGCAGAGGGCCUCGUUUUUCCUACCAACUAGGGGGACAGUACGCCUUGGAUGUGGACUUUUUUUUUCCUUUUUGUUUCCUCCAGAAGAGGACAUUGUGUUCAAGUGGCCCGCUCGGGCGUACUGUUGACUGAGCAAACUGGAACUGGUUUUCUGCAUUUUUAAAAUGCGGGUGUUUCUGCCAUGACAGGCAUGGAAGGCUUAAUUUUUUUAUAUAUAUAUUAAGAGAGAAGUUGCUAUCUUACGCUUGUGGGUGCAUUAGUGCUGUGGAUGCAUGUGUUGGUUGCAUGGAUGUAGUAAGAGUCUUUGUUGUCUUUUUUUUUUAGUUUGAGUGUCGGACUUUACGAAAUAAACAUGCCUUUUUUUUUAUCACGAA